AUGCCGCCGCGGUCAAACCUCACUACGUCUUUCCCAACUACGGAUGCCAACAACGAGGUUGUCUGUCCGCUGCGCAAUCAAGAUGGCUCCAGCUGCCGCAAGCGCUGCAUUGGCGAGAAGCGGUAUCGUUCCAUGCAGGAGCAUAUCCGUCGCGCACAUCCCGAUCAUUAUAUUCCCAAGUUGCCAGCGACGGAAGAAAGUUUCCUGCUUAUGAUAAGCACGCCGCCGAAUGAGAGGCCACAUCUUCAACAACAACAACAACAACAACAACAGCAGCAGCAGCAGCAGCCUGGCCAGCAGCAAUCGAAUCAGUCGAAGGGUAUUGCUCAGGGGUAUCGGCGUGAUGAGCCUAGUGCACCAGUGACUCCUCGCCGGGUCGACGACUAUGCAAGUAGCACGAUGCCUGCUGCUGCCGCCCUCGCGCAACUUCACAAUCAUAAGGGUGAUCGCGGGUGGGAGUCGGAUGCUGAUUGGUAUUCUGAUACCGAAGGGACGAGGCGGCCAAGAUCGUCCGUCGAACUCCCUCCUCUUCAGUUCAAGAGCAGCGAUGUGACAAGCGUACCACUACCGAGUCUUGAGGCUAGCAGACAGCGCGGGCUGUUACCGUCGAUCAUGACGCAGUCGCCGCCCGGUCGCUCGUCUACGUUGCCGCCUCUUCCCCGGUCGCUAGGGACCAGGCCAAGAAGACAGUCUAUAACUAAGAGGGGCCAUCACAGGAAAAAGUCCCGAGCCCCCGGACCCAGCUCAGAAUGGCUUCGUCGUAUCCAAAAUGACAACAGCCAUGACAUGCUGCGGCCAGGCUCCUAUGACAGAAAAGCACUCUCGGCUGAGCCAUCGGCCGACUACGGUAAGAGAUGGGAGGAUCUGAUCGACGCGGCGGCUUCGGCAACGGAAGACAUAGAUGAGGACAGAACUCCAGUGAGCAGCAAGUUCCCUUCGAUGGUCGACCCGCGCCUGACAAGCCAGGUCCCGCAAUCUCCUAUAUCCAUCCCGCGGGCCUCCCUGCCGCCCUUUUCCCAGAAUUUCACCAGCUAUCAGGCAUCCCCCUUGCACCAGGCACUCACGCCGCCUCCGUAUAACCCUGAUGCCCCCGAGCCGUUCCCGUCGGUCGAGAGUGGCGAAAGCGGAGAUAACUUCCAUCUAGAGUCUCGCGUCCUGUCGGACUCGUCGCCGAGCUAUUCGUCACAGAACACUCAGAUUUAUUGCGCUGCCUGCCAGGGCAUUUCGCUGCUGAGGGAGUCGUAUGCCUGCACCGAGUGCAUCUGUGGUCUGUGCCAGGCCUGUGUCGAUGUCCUGAUGGGCGAGCAGGGCGCCAGAAGGAAGUGCCCGCGCUGCGCUACCAUUGGGGGACGAUUCAAGCCUUUCCAGUUGGAUAUCCGGUAG